AUGGAUCUGGAAGCUGUUACCGUCAAAAUACUCUCUGAAUGGGAGUGCUUGGAGAGCACAUCUGGAGAAACUCGAGAGUCUCUUCAGUCCGUCUCACCAGAGAUGUGCUGCCCCAGCGAGCAUCAUGAAAUCCACGGUUUCUCCUUUGGUUUUGCGCGGCGCGGCGUCACGACUCCAGCGGCGCAGAGGCAAAGCAAGUCCAAGAUGUCCGCGAAAAGGCGCAUGAAGGCCAGCGAGAGGGAGAAGAUGCGGAUGAGGAGUCUCGCAGAGGCUUUGCACCAGCUCCGGGACUACCUCCCGCCGGUCUACAGCAAGAGAGGCCAACCCCUGACCAAGAUCCAAACGCUCAAAUACACCAUUGAAUACAUCAACACGCUUGCGGACACGCUGAGCCGUGCGUCACGGGCGCAGGAUGGACCGCUUUUACGCACCGGAUCAUCUCUGGGUCAGAAACUGACGCUUUGA